AUGAGUCAUAUUAAGGACAGCGGAGUAAUGUUAGUGAAGAAUGGAAUAGAUAAGAGAGGAACGUAUAUAAUGAUGCCUAACCCUCCAUCCAAUUCCAUUACUUCUCCUGUUCAGCAAGUUACUUCAUCCACAACAUCGGCCCAUCAUAGCCCACCACGAAAAUAUAAAGCAAAUAAUCAUCCAGUGGUACCGCCUCUGGAGAUUGAUCAGCUAAACAGCACGACAUCAAUUCUGAAUGCCCUAAUAUCUUCUGAGGAGCUGAAUCCUUUUACGGAACCAAAUACAGCUACAGCCAUAAAAAAAACCAGCCUCAACAUUAACUUGAAUGGGGUGUCAUCAUCAUCUGCACGAGUAAAACCGUUGGCAGGACCUCCCUCAAGCAGAGGAAACAGAAACUCAUUGUCCAAUAUUGCCAAUAGUGCUAGAUCCAACUACAAAACAACAUCUUCAACAACCAAUAACAAUAAUGCUGCCUCGUCCACUCUUACAACACCACGCUACCAAUACUACCAAGUGCAGCCUCCUCAGAUUGGGAGUAUGAUUUCUACCACAUCAGUCUCAAAAAAUGGAUCUCAAACACCUCGUGCCACAAAUACGAGUCCCAACUCAAAACCCAAGCUUAAAAAAACUCCCUCAAAAAGUUCAACAAGAUCCAUCAUUAAGAAACCCUCCGAACCUUCUGUACCAACGGUGACAGCUAAUCUUGGCAUGUCAUUCAUUUCUCCAAGACCACCUUUAAACUCAGCUCGAAAGCCAUCCCAACAAAAUGUAGUAACGACCACAACAUCAGCCGCCGUAGUGUCUCAGCCGCCUCAAAUUACUCCAGAUGAGCAAUCCGCUUCUGUUACUGUUCCAACAGGAGGCAAUGCAAGAAGAUAUAAUUUUUCUCAAAUACCAACAAUUCAAUCAUCCAACAAUCCACCUCCAGCCUCUCAUCAUCAAAAUAAUACGGUCGGAAGCCUAAAGCUCAAUCUUAAUUUACAACAGCAACAUAAGGAGCCUACCAUAGAAUUUGAGGGCUUUGGUUCUGGAGUACCAGAAUCUGUAAAAACUGCUCGGAAUGUAUCAAGUAAGCCUCAAGCAACAAUGCCUUUAAGUGCUAGAGCUUCAAACUAUACGGUAGAUACCUCUUCCAAUUUCCAACAAGGAAUAUCUUCAUAUGCUAAAGAAGAGAAGCAGCAGACUAUUUAUGAUGUUAGUACAACAUCAGGACACAGCUCACGGGCUUCAUCUUCUAAAUCUAUACGAGGGCUGCCAAACACAACUGUAAAUCUGAAGUUUAUGGAUCCUAUCACUCCUGCAGCUGCUCUCAAGUCAUACAGCGAUUAUUUAACGGAUUAUGAACAAUCAGAAAUUUUAGAUUUCCACAAAAUCUACUGCAUUGGAAGCACUGCCAGAAAAAUCAAAGGAACUGUAAACGCAAAUGAAGAUAUGAAUUUUGGAUAUGAUGACGAAAGAGGAGACUACAAACUGGUACUUAAUGAUCACAUUGGAUAUAGAUAUGAGGUUGUAGGAUUUUUAGGAAAGGGAAGUUUUGGUCAAGUUGUAAAAGCCCACGAUGUAAAGGAAAACAAGUUUGUGGCCUUGAAAGUUAUUAGAAAUAGAAAACGUUUUCAUGCACAAGCUCUGGUAGAAGUUAAAAUUUUGAAACAUUUGAAGGACAAUGAUAAGGAAGGUAGACAUCACUGUAUCGAAAUGUUGUCCUACUUCACGUUUAGAAACCACUUGUGCAUUACAUUUGAGUUGUUGAGUAUUAAUCUGUAUGAAUUCAUCAAGAACAAUAAUUUUCGAGGGCUGAGCUUGGGACUAAUAAGGAAGUUUGCAUUGCAAAUUUUAAACUCGCUGCAAUACUUGUAUGAAGAAAAAAUCAUACAUUGCGACCUCAAACCAGAGAAUAUUUUGUUAAUGUCGCCAUCUAAAACAGAUAUCAAAAUGAUAGAUUUUGGUAGCUCAUGCUUGGAAAAUGAACGAAUUUACACUUACAUUCAAUCUCGCUUCUACAGAUCGCCAGAAAUCAUUUUAGGAAUUUCAUACGGAAGAGCUAUUGAUAUGUGGAGCUUUGGGUGCAUAUUGGCAGAGUUGUAUACUGGAUAUCCAUUAUUUCCUGGUAGAAACGAGUUGGAACAAUUAUGUUAUAUCAUGGAAGUAAUGGGAAUGCCAUCCAAGAAAUUGAUUCAGCUGAGCACUCGAAGGAAAAAGUUUUUCGACUCCAAUAAUCAGCCUAGGUUAGUUAUCAACAAGAAAACCGGAAAGAAGAGGAUUCCUGGAAGUGUGACGCUACAACAAGCUCUUGAUUGUCCCGACAAAAAGUUUGUCUCGUUCCUUGAAGGUUGUCUUAGAUGGGAUCCUGCCGAGAGAUUUACUCCCGAUGAAGCUUUCAGACAUGAGUGGAUAUUGGAGUCAUUAGCGCCCGUGAGGCCACAAUACUCUCUAGAAUCAAAGCAGGAGGAACGAAAUGAGAAUGACUACUAUAUUUUAGAUAAUAAGCAUCAUGUGUUACCAGUAAGUGUUAUUGAUUUUCUCUAA